AUGCCAGAAUCAACACCAACCGCCGCCGUCUACGAAGGCAUCAAGACCGCAGAAGGUCUCGAACGCCUUGCAUCUGAGCCCAUCGCAGUGGUCGUUGGCACCGAGGGCGUUACCAAAACAUGGCACUUGCCCAAACAGCUCCUUGUCAAGGCUUCACCUUUCUUUGCCGCUGCUUUGAACGGACCCUUUGCAGAAGCAACGUCCAAAUUAGUCAAUCUUCCAGAAGAUAACACUGACGCCUUCGCAUUGUUCAUCCGAUGGUUGUUUGUUGGCGAUAUCAGCGGCAAGUCGUUCCACUCUGGAUACAAACCCUCUGGAGACGAAGCCUCUGGAAGAGGUCGCUGGUCAAGCCUCUGUUCAAGUUGGGGACUGUUGGGAACUUGGGGCGAUACAAGCAACAGCAGUGCUUUCUUUCCCAGCAUGCAGGUCUGUCUGCAAGCAUGUAUCCUUGGGGACAAGCUGGGCUGUCCAAUGUUCCAUGAUCUUGCCAUGCUCGAGCUCAUCGAGAGUCACAAAAGUGGAGGGAUCAGUUCCAAGACCAUGCAAUUUGCUUUUGAAAUGUCGGCCCCGGGGUCUAAGCUUCGUCGAUUCUCGAUCGAUCAACUCCGCUACGACAUUGAAUGCGGGACGGUUUCCGAGGAUGCAGCUGCUUAUGUCUCUGCUGCCAAGAUCGCCGAGGACUUUGCACUGGAUUUCUUGAAGGCGUGCAUAGAAGGGAACUGCCGCAACGCCAUUGAUCCCAUAGCGCACAGAGGACAGUACAUGGAAGUCUGGACAUUCAUGGAGGAAGGCUAA